AUGAAUAAUCGAACAUCCAUUAAUGUUGAGAAUGAGAAUGAAUAUGAUGAAAAUUGUAGUGUUGAAUAUGUAAAUUAAGAGUCAGAGUCGGAAGACUAUGAUAAUAACUAAAGCGAUUACAAUGUUGACUCUCCUUUGUCUCCAUGUUAUGACAAUUUAUUAAAAGAAUAACAUCCCUUCUUGUAAUAUUAGAGUAUAUCUAAUUCCAUAAUAAGCAAAUAGAAAUUGCCUUAGAAAACUAUUUAGAUCCUUUUUUUAAAGUGGGUUAGAAAGCCUAUUCUAAAGAUUGCUUUUUUGAUGAGAAGUAAUACCCUUAAGAAUUCAUUGAUCAUAUCAAAUUCGCAGAUUUUCAAACUUUCAGUUUUAGUGUUUUAAAGAAAAGCGCUUCUUUUUUUGGUACAAUAAAGACUUAAAUAUAUUUCUAAUAUCAAAAGGAGAUAGAUCUCAAAAAUUGUGUAUUGACACUUAAUAAUGAUUAAAAUGAAAUUGUAAAAACAAUACUAUAUCAUAUUUUAUGUUUCACUAAAGAAAUAGACUCCUUAAAUCAACCUAUAUUCCAUCGUAUAUAUAAAUUUAAAUAAUUUAAGUACAAAAGGCUUUAGAGAUUAUCGCUCAUCAGGAGUAGACAAUAAAAGAUGAAAUUUACAUGUAAAUAGUAAAGCAGAUUUAAAACAAUAACACAUCAUAUUUGAUUUAUUACUAUUAAUUGAUGGCAGUCUAUGCCACUAUGUUCUGUCCAAGCAAAAAUUAUUUUAAGCCUUUAUUCAAUUAUUUUUAUUAAAGAAAGGAAAAUAAUUCCUUACAUUAAAAUUAUUGUAAUUUCAUUUUAAAUAGAAUUUAUCGCAAUUAUACAACAAAGAGUGGUAAAUUUAAGUAUAUUUUUUAGAUUAACUAUUUCUCACUGAGUAGGAUAUAAACAAGGUAAUGCAUAUGAAACCAUUAAUAUAUGAAAUAUUUUUCUACCAUUUUGCAAAGUUUCAGUUGGAAAUGUAAAUUGAUGUUAAAUGUGGCGAUAUAUUGAAUUAUAUUGCAGAAUAAUUAAAUUUAAAUCAUCGAAACUCUUUAUGUCUAUGUUUAAUUAAAACAAAUAAAAGAAUAAAUGAAAUUUAUUUAGAUGAUGAUGAUUGUUUAUUCAAAAUUAUCAAAGAUCACAUUUAAACUUAUAAUAAAUUAACAGAAAUUGUUAACACUCCCUAGCCUUCAUUUAAAUUAGUGAUUAAAUUAAUUAAAAUAUCAUCACCAUACUAAAAUUUAGAAAUAUUCACCUUAGCAUAUAUGAUAGCCAUUUAGGAUUAUUUAAAUGAUGUAAAAUUAUGGAAUAUAUUUUACAGUUCUUCCCAUUGGAUGAAGAUGAAAUAGAAUUGAUUUGUUCCCUUAAAUUGGCUGCUGACUACGGUCCAAAAAGACAUUUUAAAGCUGAAUAGAUUGAUUUGAAUGAAUAUAUUCCUUUAUUUAAGAAGAAUACCUUUGAUUCAAAUGAGAGGUUGAGUAAAAUUAUUUAACUUUAUCAUUAAUAAAGAGUGAUUAAUUCAAGAGAUGCAAGAUAUAAGAUUCUUCAGAUUUUAGACUAAUACCCUCGAUUUUUAGGUACGACGUUUAAGUGCUCAUUUAAAGAGUUAAGCUAAAUGAGCAGUACUCCUAAUUCUAAAAUAAUAUUAAAUAUCACUUUUAGAGGUUUGAUUUGUAGUCUUCCCUCAGAUUAAAGAGAAUAUAUUUGUCAUAUCGACUACGACCUAAUAAUCAAUUUUUGUAAAACAAAUAAUCGGACUUUGCAUAUUGUAACUUUAGACAAGCAAAUAUAUUUGACAUUUUUGAAUCAUUUGGAAUGCUAAUAAGUUUACUAAUUUAUCUUAAAACAUGAAAGUUAAAUUUCAUGUAAUGAUUUCAAUUAUACAAAUUUAUCAUGA